AUGCGAGAACGUGGGUGUUCGCCUUGGAAACGGCUCGAAGUGGAUGGGCAGCAGAGCGGAAAGGUCUACUUUCACGCUCGAAUCGCGUCAGUUGCGAAGACGGUGGUGAGAUGUGGCUGCAAUGAGGAACAACUGUUGAACGCAAAUUUAAACAACGGCCUUCGUCGCCUUCGUAGCGGCGUCCGUGCCCCUUUUCGAGCUACUUUCGGAUGUUUCCUACCACCCGUCGACACUCCGACUUCGUAA